AUCCUCGUUCUGCUGGUUUGCUGGUUUUUUGCCUCUUUGCUCCCUGGUCCACCAGCGCCAAUAAUUGGGUUUCUUGCCAUUUUCUGCCUGUCUACUGACCCUCCAUGCCGUGACCUACAGGAUCACCCGAGCACGGACACAGUUGUCUUUCGGUGCUCUGUCUCGACCUGGCCUCUUUGCUUGACUACUUUGUUCUUCUUUUCCUCGAGUCGCAGAUUUCCGAUCUGCAUGCUCUACGUUCAGCGCCACCACCGUCCUCGCAUUUGGCCAUUGCGAAGCAAGUCAUCCAUUUUUUAUUGUGUAAAUUGCUCCAAUAAACCUCGGCUUCACUACGACAAUCACGACAAUCGAAGACGACCCGUGUCCGCCCGGACCAUCAUAGUCCUUGACUUUGGGCCUUUCCAGAGCCAGCCGGCGCUUUUGGGCGGUCGCGUGAGAACCUGACAAACCGAACGCCUUGUCGCGAAUAAAUCCGGGGAAACCGGCACUCUUACACAAUCUGCCUGAGUGCUGCCAGGCCCAUCCUCGGAUACCUCCGCCGCACCAUCUUCAGCCCGCCCUCCACGCUCACAUUCAACCUCAAUUCAGUCCACAAGGUAUACAACCUGUUGACUUGUUCCACCGUUGCCGCCAGCCAAAAAUCUCUGGAUUUGUGUAGUGAGGGGCUCUCUCUCUCCAGAUCUGACAACGCAGCUUUUGUUGGUCCGAGUUCUUCAUUGGUUGCCUGGGCGCGCCCUGGCCAAUCCUUCAUUCAACCUCCCACGCAUCGCUCAUCAGUCUGGCCGGAGGUCAGUAUUUCUUUCAAAUCAUUCAUCAGAAGCCAUCAUCAUAUCGAUUCCACUCCAGUAUUUGUCUCGGAGACUCUAGAAUUGAAGAGGCGUGGACGCGCCCUUCACGACGUGGCCCACUGCUAGCUAUGUUGCAACAGCUUGCUAGACUCUUCAUGUCAAGACUGUGAUACUACGGCAAGUGAUAAUUCUCCAUUCCACUCCUGCAUUGGGUCUCUAGCUUUUCACUGUCGACCACGAUGUCGAUGUCGUUGGUUAUGACUAGCACACCUUGUGGUACAGAAUUUGGCAUCCAAUCUACGCAUUUGUCGUACUCUCUGCCUCUACAUCAAUCGUCCAUCAACCUCUUAAGACUCCCCUUUAUUGGUUUUGUCUCUAUGAUCCUGUGAGACCUGCGCUGACUCUCUUUUGCCGCAGCGUCGAUCACAUCUUUCACAUCGAGGUCGACUCAAAUCCAUCAUCAUGAGUAAUACACCCAUCAAGCCGGGUCUGUCAGCGAGGGGCCCCAUGCCAGCGUUUGGUACCUUUAAUCCUCAUCAAGCAUCUGCAUCUAUUCUCCUCGAAAAGUCAAAUCCUGGUCUGCGAAGAUCAACACCAGAUUCAGAGGCUCUAGCUUCGUCCGACGACGAGGUCGACCACGCAAAGGCCUCCGCAGCGGGCAAUAUGAAAGGGAAUCGAAACGGACGACGAACCUCCUGGCUCAACGACGUGACCGUCUCAAACACUAAUAGGAAACCUUCCAUGACUGCUCUUUACAGUCCCUCGACGUCACACCCUGGUACACCAGGUUCUGAACAAUCCCCCUGGUCAAAUUCGAAUAUGAAUCCCCCUGCUACUGCGUGGCACAACCCAGGCACUAAUCCAUAUGGGUGGAAUAUUUGGGGUCAAGAUGCUCGCAAAGAUCCACCUGCCAGACUUCAGGAAGUCAUUCCCACUGCGAACGGCGACGGCAUUCCUUUCUCGAUCCCGCUCCAACCCACUCCCAAGACUUAUCGCUCACAGUCAUAUUCUGUCGGCCAGCUAGACACCACUUCCACAGCAUCGAACACAGCGCCUGUCUCGACCUCUGUCGAAGCCACCCGCAACAGGCUGGGAAACAACUACCCGCCUCUCCAAAGACGGACUUCCAGGACAAGCGGACUUGUUGGACAUGACUCUGGUGGCCUCGGUCGUCUGCGAGAGGUUGACGACGAUGAAGAGGAAGAUCCUAAUGAUAACGUGACGGAUAUCAUCGCCACUGAGCAGGCGCGGGUCAUUGAGAGACUCGAAAAAGAGAACGCCAAACUGCGACAGGCGGCUCAGACUCGAGACAGAACCUUUUCUGCAGCAUCUUCCGCGACACAGCCCCCUCCUGGAUUCAGGAACACGCGCCUGAGAGGCGCGGUGCCUGAAGAGGAAGAAAAUGCCAUUGACGAUCGAGAAGAGCUCACAUACUUGGGCCGCCAAAAUGCUGCUCGUCGCAUGAGCGAGCAGGCCAUCGGGUACUCAGAUCGACAAGUCGCGUCUCCCACCGAGAAUCGCAAUAUAGAUGGUUUGAAGAAAGCUCAUUGGCAGACCUCACUGGGAUUUGGGUCCAUCCCUGAAGCACCCCAGAGCCGUCGACAUUCAUUUGCUGAUGUGCCAACCCGGCAUGGCUCAUUCAGCUCGAGUGAACGCGGUAACGAACUGAAUGCGUUCGAGUCUGGAACACAGACUUUGUCUCAAGGAGAAGAUCCUGCCUAUUUCAAUACCGACGAAGCGACCCGCCGCGCCGCCGAUGCCCGAGUCCUCCAAUCCCAUCAGAACUACGUUCAACACCUUAGCAUGGGACAGUAUCUCGAACCCGCUAUGCAACCUCUUUAUAUCGUCAACUUCAAAUGUUGUCGCUCAGAUGUCUUCUACAUACAAGAAGGGACAGGUCUGCAUGUCAAUGUCGGCGACCUGGUCAUCGUCGAGGCCGACCGCGGCACUGAUCUAGGCACUGUACAGCACACCAAAGUCUCGUGGGAAGAUGCACGCCGUUACAAGGAAUACUAUGCUGAAGAACACUACAAGUGGUUGAUGAUGUUCUCUUUGCAAAGUCGGAAUGGAGGUCCCAAUGUCGUCAAUCCCAAUGGCAUUGCAGGCCGCCCAGGAAGCGCAGUUGGUGGAAUGGGGCCUCAGGGUCAUCACGGCCAUGAUGGUUCGCACCAAGAACUCAAGCCCAAAUUGAUCAGGCGCCUGGCUCAAAACCACGAAAUCCAGGCCUUGAAAGAUAAGGAGGGUAACGAAGCUAAAGCGAAACGUGUCUGUCAACAGAAGGUCAUCGAGCAUAGGUUGAAUAUGGAGAUCUUGGACGCUGAAUUCCAAAUGGAUAGCAAGAAGCUCACCUUCUACUACUUUGCCGACAGCUACAUCAACUUCAACAACCUUGUCACGGACCUCUUCAAGGUUUAUAAAACCAGAAUUUGGAUGUCUGCCAUCAACCCUGCCUCGUUCCAGACACCAACUGCUUCCCUCGGUCUCACGCCUGCUUAUAAUGCUGCACCCGGUGAUGAGCGCCACCGUAGGCGACAGCAACCGCCGCCAACGCAUGAUCUUGGUCCUCAACCGGUAACGACCCCAUUUGGAGACACCUUUGACGCCGACCGCAAUUUCAACAACCAAAAUCAAGGAAUGCGCAAUGCCUAUUUUGCCGGAUUUCAAGAUGUUGGGGCCGGUCCUCAACAAAUGCCACCUGCAGUGGGAUCUUAUCCACCAAACAUAGGCGGUCAGAUGGAUCCUUUCUUGUCUUUCUACGGUCCAGCUUAUCCUGGUCUCAAUCCAAAUGCAGCUAGUUUCGCCAGCGGUCGAAACGAUUUCAGAGCCAGAGGGCCGGGCCAUCCAGACUGGACAGGAAGGUUCCAAGGCCUGUCACUUGGCUCUUAGAGAGGCCCAAGAGCGAAACAUUCACAAAAAAGUACGAUCGACCACACUGGAAAGACUCCUUUAGUUCAACAAAUGGUGCAUAUUGGCGGGCGGGCUAACACAUGUAGAAUUCUGAUCAUGAAGACAUUGACAUGAUGAUGUGGAAUAGACUCGUGCAUUUGGUGAGGGAAGACGACAAGAUUUACAUUCGAAGCAGACUUGGCCAACGAUGGAUUGAUUUACUUGCCGGAGUACAUUUUCGCGCUGGGAUGAUCUAAGAAGUCUUGAAGCUGCAGGUGUUAAGGAGCCUUGGAAAGAAAAGUCCAUCACACCGUCUCCAGGAUGGUUAUGCUGGUGAAAUUCAAAGAGUGCUAAUGAAACGAAGAAUGGCUGUUCGUGACACAUGACUGAAAAGCUCUGAUGCGAGACAAAAGGACAUCAAGAGGGAGAGAGAUCGGGACUCCGAAUGAUCAGAUUCUCGUCUGUAAUGUAAUGGCACGGAGGCGUUUACUAGUACAGAGGUACCUACCUAGGUAGGCAUGCAGUUUAUCAUACGAUUUCAUCAAAAGAA